AUGGUACUGCAGAACAGGCUGACCCUGGACUUGAUAACAGCAUCACAAGGAGGAGUGUGUAAGCUGAUUGGAGAGACGUGUUGUACGUUUAUCCCAGAUGGAUACACGACUGGAGGAGACAUCUCUGAGGCGCUGCAGAACUUAACUGCUCUGCAGAAAUAUGUGGCGGACCACACAUCAGGAGGAGACGCGUCACGAGGUUGCAUUUUGCCAUGUGUGACAGCAGCUGUGUCAAAGCUCAGAGCUAAAGUACAGGACAUCCUGAGGGACACCUGGGUGGAUGUUUCACCCGUGGUUGAUGUAAACCCACAAACAGAGCCAAAGACCAGAGCUGACUUCUUAAAAUAUUCAUUCCAAAUCACGCUGGAUCCCAACACAGUAAACACACAGCUGUCAUUAUCAGAGGGGAACAGGAGAGCAACAUUAAUGAGAGAGGAGCAGUCUUAUCCUACUCACCCGGACAGAUUCAUUAGGCGGAGGCAGGUCCUGAGUAACCAGAGCCUGACUGGCCGUCGUUACUGGGAGGUGGAGUGGUGCAGGAAGAGAGUCACAGUGGCGCUGGCAUACAAAGAUAUCAGCAGAGAGGGGUCCAUGAGCGAGUGCGCGUUUGGAUUCAACGACAAGUCCUGGGCGCUGGAGUGUAACUGCAGCAGCAGCUUCAAAUUCAUACACAACAGCGUGAAAACAGGCGUCUCGAGCCCGUGGACGUCCCGGCUCGGAGUGUACCUGGAUCACAGUGCGGGUGUCCUGGCUUUCUACAGCGUCUCUGAAAGCAUGACUCUCCUCCACAGAGUCCAGACCGCAUUCACUCAGCCGCUCUAUGCUGGACUCUGGUUCAGUGGAUAUCACAGAGCCACUGCAGAGUUCAUUGAGCUCGGAGCAUAA